UUUAUUUUUAAGUUUAAAACCGGAAGUCAGUUUUACUCCUGCUUGGUUCUAUGUUGUUGGCCUCCUCAGAGUCGAGCGGGUUUGUAACGUUAAUUUAAUCGACACCUGCGACAACACACAUUUUCAAACGAGGAUUUUGUUUUCCCGGCGACCACAGGAUGACCGCAGCUGAACGGCCGGCUUCUUGCUAACGUAUUUCAUGCGGACUGGCGCGGUGAUGUCGCCUCCCUCACAGAAACCGCCUGGUUCGGGCUGAGUUUUCGGUAUGACAGGAACGAGUACACAUCUGCAACAGGUAUUCAUAACUGUUCUUAAGGUCAGCGUCUCAUUACGUUGUUAUCCAGACAUCCCACACAGAUUUUCAAAUGAAAAUGGAGGAUAUGCCCCUGUCAGGACCAGACAACACCAAGAUGGAGGCAUUGGUCCAUGACAUCUACUCUGAGCUGGUGGAAGACGCCUGUUUGGGCCUGUGCUUUGAGGUGCAUCGUGCUGUGAAACAGGGCUAUUUCUUCCUGGAUGAAACGGACCAAGAGAGCAUGAAGGAGUUCGAAAUUGUGGAUCAGCCAGGAGUGGACAUAUUUGGCCAAGUGUACAAUCAGUGGAAAAAUAAAGAGUGCGAGUGCCCGAACUGCAAGAGAUUGAUAGCAGCUUCUCGCUUCGCCCCACACUUGGAGAAAUGUCUCGGCAUGGGACGAAACAGCAGCCGCAUCGCCAACCGCAGGCUGGCCAGCAAUAAUAACAUGAGCAAAUCCGAGAGCGAUCAGGAAGACAAUGAUGACCUCAAUGAUAACGACUGGUCGUAUGGGGCGGAAAAGAAAGCCAAGAAAAGAAAGUCUGAUAAGAAUCAAAAUUCCCCACGAAGAUCCAAAUCUAUAAAGCAUAAAAAUGGUGAGCUUGGGAGCAGCGUCAGUUCAGAGCCUUACAAGUACAACUACAAUACUGGGAUCAGCUACGAAACUUUAGGUCCUGAUGAAGUCCGGUCCCUUUUAACAACGCAAUGUGGGGUGAUCUCUGAGCACACCAAGAAGAUGUGUACCAGGUCUCAGCGAUGUCCCCAGCACACGGACGAACAGAGGAGGGCCGUCAGGGUGUUCCUCCUGGGGCCGUCCGCGCCGUCGCUGCCUGAUGCCGACGCUGCUGUGGACAACGACAGCUUUGACAUUCCAGAUGGGCAGACCCUGAUGAGCCGCCUGCAGUGGGAAGACUCGCCCGAUAUCUCACCCAGCGACUCUGCUUCAUCUAAAGCCAGCACCAACCACUCAGAUUCUAGGAGGCCCAAGAAAAAGAAGAGGACGUCUCUUGGUUUGAACAGCGGUGCUGGGGGAGGAGGAGGAGGAGGAGGAAGCCUGACCUUAGGAGGCAGCAGCAGCAGCAGCAGCUCUCAGAGUAAUAUCAGCUUAUCGACCAAAAAAAAGAGGCCCAAACUUUCAGCACCUUCUAUUUCCAGUAUCUAUGAUGACUUAAACUAGCAUAAAGCCUGUCUGUCAGGCCUGCCCCUGCCUCCUCCUUUCAGACAGAAACAUGGCUUCUUUUUCAUUCAGCCUCGACAAGUCAGGCAAUUUAAUGAACAUUUCUCCUUGUGUGUAAUGAACACAGCGUUCUAGAAACUGGUUGGUCACAGAGUCCGGUCAGAAUAUCUGCAGGAACUUCCUGUGUGGUGGGUGAAUGAGGCUUCAUGAAGCUUUUCUUUAUUUCUUAUGCUGAAAAGGAUUUGAAUUCAUCUGAACACAGUGACAUCUGGUGGCUAAAAGUCAUUCAAGAUUGGAGUUAUUCUCCCUUUUUAUCCCACCUCACCCAUUAGUGAGGUCCACCUCUGAUGCUUGGUGACGAAGCCUGGCUCACAGUCUGUUCCCACAGCUCGUCCCAAAGGUGUCAGAGAUCAGGCCAAAACCAGUUCUUUUUUUUAAGGACUUGCUUUGGAAUUCUUCAAGUCUUGUGGAAAGCAUAUAAUUAGCUAAAAUAGGAUUGUUUGCUGUAUCCUUGAGAUUUUAUUUGGAACUAACCAUGAAAAACAGCUCAAGACUGUAAGCACACAAAGUGGACUGGGGUGUCCACAUACUUCUGAGCAUAUAGCGGCAGUAGCGUUUAUCUUAAGUGACACCAUCGCUACAGUCUCUGCUGUUCAACUCACUUUGGCCAAAUUCACGAAUAUAACUGAGCUGUACAGAAAGAUACAAAUAACAUUCGGGGGGGGGGGGG